UUAAACACUGAAAUAGUUUGCGAGGUGGCGUCAUGUGUUAUUAGGAAUCAAAAGCCAUGCUCAUUUACGACCUUGUCUUGAUUUUAUUUGAUUGUUUUAUAUUUAUAGAUUUAACAAAAUCCUAAAAUUUACUGCAAUUACUUUGUUCAACAGACGACCCAUUUUUACUUUUUGCAAUCGUUUCCUCCGGUCACUUCCGGUGAAUGCCGGCUGAAAGUGUAAUCAACUUCCGGCGAUGUCGUGCUUACUUUACAGGCGUCCUCGCUUUUAUUUUUCUGCUACCUUUCCUUUGUUGAGUUAUUGAAUCAAUUGAAUGCUAUGGAAGGCUCAGACACAUACUUGAUACGCCCCAACUAUCAGCACAAAUUCAAGCCUGCAGUCGUAAAGGAGUGCAUCCGCGAAACGGUGAAGGCACGCCUGUCUGAAGUACAAUACGACCCAGACGAGGUCCCUGAGCUCACCCGCACGGUGGCAGACUGUGUGAAGAAUAAAGUGAAGAAUUUAGGGUUUCACAGGUAUAAGUUUGUUGUGCAGGUGACCAUUGGAGAGCAGCGUGGACAAGGUGUCAAGAUGUCUUCAAGGUGUUUAUGGGAUGCUGAUACAGACAACUACGCAGAAGAUGUUUUCAUGAAUGAAACCUUGUUCUGUGCGGUGGCUGUGUUUGGAAGCUAUUUCUACUGAGGAGCUGGGAGGACGAUUGAGGAGGAUGACGGCACUGAAAAAGAUGAGACAGGAAUCUGCCGAUGGCACGACGUCAGUCCGAUUUUCCUUUCUUUAACUUUACGUGACUGUGUGAAGGCUUUUAUUAUUUAAAUUUGAAAUGGACUACUUGUUUCUUACUUAAGCAAUAGAACUGUGUGAGAACAGAAAAAUUAGGGCAAUGGAAAAAGUAUUCAAAUAUAAUGAAAGAUGUAAACAAUGCAUGUAUAUCACUAUAAUAAAUGUACAGUAAUAAUGAUUUGAGAAAAAUAAUGUAUAUUUUAGGAGGAUGACAUUUUACAUACAUUGUACAAGCAAAUAAUUUCAUUACCAUAUUUAAAUACUUCUAUCAGAAUCAUAAUAAUAAUAAUAAUAAUAAUUGUUUCAUAUUGUUGGAAUAAUACUGAUCCAACAUUGUCAAAAAUGAGUAUUCUUAGCUUUGUAGAAAGUGUCAGAAACUUUGCUUUACAUCGUCACAGAAUCGCACCAAAUUGUGCUGUUUUAAUGAAGUGUCCGGUGAGUGUAUUUUCCCCACUCAAAAGGUUGCAGACUAUGUGCCUUGCAUAAAAAUGAAGACAGAAGUAAUUUAAAAUGGGAAAUAGUUAUUUAUUUUCCAUGUCUCAGUGAUUGAAGAGGUACUCCAAAAUGUUCACAGCUUUUUGUCUUGAAGCAAACAUAGUUUUUAUUUAAGAUGUAGAUCAUAAUGAGCAAUGGCAUCUCUCCUAUGCUGAACCCAUUUUAGAUUCAGCACGCAUCAGCCAAAUAAAGAAAUCCACUUGA